UCCCCAGCACCGAGACUCUAUUUAUCGCGAUGAGGUGUACGAGGGCACUGUUCAUUUGCCACAUGUAUAAGCAUAUCUUCUAUCAGUUUAUCGCCCUACACCAUCAUGCUAUAUAUGCUCACCCAUUGUUUGUUUUACACAGCGACAGCGCUUGGGGAUCCAAAUUGAUAUCUCUCGGACCCUCGGGUUCGAUUUUGUCGAGGUGCAUAGCGAUGUGAAGGUGGUGCAUUAGCGUGUGGGGGCGCGUGACGGGAUGGGGAAGUGGGUACAACUAUCCAAUUUGGCUUAGCCGGCUAUGAAGUUCCAACUUCUUAAGCUAUUUGUUGUCGCAGCCCCAAACACUUUCUUUUAGGAUCAUUUAUCUAUCGUUUUGGAAUUCUCAAUCUGUCAAACUAGCUUUCACAAUGGAGCAAGUCAAUAAUCCGGACCAUGGUACCUGUUCAUACCUUCUCAUGCGACAGUAUAAUGAGUAUGUUUGCCUUACCCACAAAGUCUCUGGACAAGAGCAGGCUUUUUCUAAGCUGCAGCGGGAUUUCUCCAAGCUCAUGGGAGUUGUCUCUCGGCAAGCAAGCUCUCAUGGUGAAUUGAAGACGCUCGAUACAUAUGAGGCAGACAACGCGCAUAACACUCACAAGCACGACGCUGAACACGGCAUAAAUCAAGAAAUGCCCGAUACGCAUGAGAUCAACAACUCGCACGGUACACACAACACUAACGACAUUGAGACGCAGCAGACAACAGCCGCCCGGAGGAAUCCAAUUGUGAUGGGCGGACACAGCGAUGCCUCCGAGAUCAUGGGGGUUAUCUCUCGGCUGGCAAGCUCUGUCGGAGAACCAGAUGGCAGGAUGCACAAUGCAAACCUAGAGACGGUCGACACGCUUGAGACAGACAACAAAGAUGACGCGAAUGGCACACAUGACGCUGAUGAGAUACAACAGACAGCAGCUGCCCAGGGAAAGUCAAUCAUCAGACGCAGCAAACAACCCCAGCGAAAUCUUCACAGUCGUCGCAAUCGUCCGAAGAAACAAAAUUGCAAGAGCUGUAACCAGGUACUCAAGGCAAAGGGAAUGCAUCAGCACUAUCUGGACAUGCACGGAGGACGCCUUUGCAUGCAAUGUGACGAAGUAUUUCAAACAAAGGAUGACCUUAAAGAUCAUACCAAAAAGCAGCACUAUGAAGUCUGCCAAAUAUGCAAUAAGAACUUCACAAACCGUUCAAACCUUCUCCGACAUCGCCGACAACAACAUCCAAACCAUCGAAGUCAAGCUACAACUUCGGCAGCUACGCAAUUUAGUGACUACCAUAACUCCACAGCGGCAGAACAACAUCCACGAUCGCUUCCACCACAACCGACCGCCGCUUCAUUGAUGCAAACCGUGGAACAAGAUGGGCUGGGCGGAACAGAUGACCCUUUGUUAGGCAUGUUGACUGAUGUUAGAAGCUUGCCCUUGGGUCCUCACUGCGAAGACAUGGAGGUAUGGGAUCUCGAAGGUUUGGAGGAAUAUAUUCCUGUGUUUAGGCAGGCUGACAGCUCAGUUGAACUAUUUGCAUAACAUGAUCUCCUAGACUAUAUCACAAGCUUUGAAUUGACAAGAGUACUCGGAGACCUGCAUUCAUCGGAAGCAAAGUAGGUAAACCGCAUCAGAAACCCAAGGCGCCCAUGGUAGUUUAUACGCAUAGCCGAAUUUCAAUUCACUCCUUGGUAACUCCUGGUCCCUCGCAAUGUCCACUCGUCGGCCGUCAUCAAGUGGAACUCGUAUGGCGAUCACCGGUCCAGUGCCUAUGAAGCCCUCAUUGUCGCGUCGAUAGAGCUUAAUGUACCGCGGAGCCUAUCUUUCAAGUUAGAAAGUACUAGAGUUGUGGACAGGCAGAUCUUACCUCCAGUUUUAGAUGCUUUCCAAUUUUCUGGACAUGUGCAGGAUUCACAUUCAUUGUCACGAUUGAGAGUGCUGUGUGGGGUCUCCUUCGUAUUUCAUAUUCGGGAAUUUUGACAAGUUCUUCCAGCUCUGCCUUGCUGUCGUCGUCCAGAAGCACUGGUUCAGGGAUUUCCAUUGUCUCAAACAAAAUAAGGCGAUCCGGAGUAGGAUAUUCGUUGUUGGUUUGGUUGGAACACGUCUUGCCGCGACGUUGUGAUGGCGAUGAGGAAAUUUUGGGUUUGGAGGGGUUUGGCCCCACUGUAAGGUUGCUAGGGCUUAGCCUUAGAGCAUGUUGGCCGCUACGGCCGCUGCGGCUAACUUGAGUCACCUAGACUGACCGUGUGACCAUGUCUGGGACCAGGAUCAAACUUUACAGUUGUCACAUUGCCUAAAAGCAUUACUCCUGAUCAUGGUUUAUGUUCAUUAUAUUGAUUUCAAAUCAUAUUAUUUCAAAUAUUAAAGAUCUCAGAUUCACUUUUUAAAUAAAAAUCUAGU